UCCUCCUCCUCCUCCUCCUCUCACAGUUCGAACCAUAUUGUUAUUCGCCUCUCUUUGUGUUACUGUAAAAUAAAUAAAUAUCAUCGCCUGAUCUUAUGGCUCUCGAUGCGGAAAAAGGUGCGCGCCACUACAUUUUCGACUCCUCCGUCCUGAGCGCCCAAACGAGCAUACCCGCGCAAUUCGUGUGGCCCGAGGACGAGCGGGUGCGCUCCGUCGACGAGCUCGACGCGCCGGUCAUCGACCUCCGCAGCUUCUUCUCCACGGACGCUGCGGCGACGCGCGCCGCCGCCGACGCGAUCCGCGCCGCGUGCACCUCCCACGGCUUCUUCCAGGUGGUCAACCACGGCGUCGACGCCUCGCUGUGCCGCGACGCGCUGCACUGCGCCGCCGAGUUCUUUCGCCUGCCGCUGGUCGCGAAGCUGCGAGCCCAGCAGCGGCCCGGCAGCUUGUGGGGCUACUCCGGCGCCCACGCCAAUCGCUUCGCCGCCAAGCUCCCCUGGAAGGAGUGCGUCUCCUUCCACUCCGACGCCAGCGCCGUCGACUACUUGGCUUCCACCUUGGGCAACGACUUUCAGCCCAUGGGAUUGGUGUGCGAGAGAUAUAGCGAGGCCAUGAAGAAGCUAACGCUCUCGAUCAUGGAGCUUCUGGGAGUGAGCUUGGGAUUAGAGAGAGAGCGGCGUUAUUAUAGGGAGUUUUUUGAGGAUAUGGAGUACAUAAUGAGGUGCAACUACUACCCGCCGUGUCCGGAACCGGACCUGGCGCAGGGGACGGGCCCGCACCGCGAUCCGGUCGCAGUCACGAUCCUGGCGCAGGACGAUGACGUGGAGGGGCUCGAGGUGUUCGCCGAGGGCACGUGGCGCUCGAUCCGCCCCAUCCCCGGUGCUCUCGUGGUCAACAUUGGGGACACUUUCAUGGCUUUGUCCAACGGGAUAUACAAGAGCUGCCUCCACCGGGCGGUGGUGAACCGGGUCCACGAGCGCCGGUCCAUCGCAUUCUUCGUGUGCCCGAGGGGCGACAAGGUGGUCCGGGCGCCCGAGGAGUUAGUGGGCCCAGGGCACGGCCCACGAGAAUACCCGGACUUCACGUGGGCCGAGCUCGUGGGCUUCACGCAGAGCCGCCACCGUGUGGACCAGAAAACCCUCCAAUGCUUCGUCCACCAUCUCCAAUCCACCCCCGACUCAUCAGCCUAAUUAAUUACAUCGUACCCUUUCUUUUAAUGGAUUAAUUUCACCGCUUAUCCCAAAUUUUUAUCUUAGGUUUAUGCUUUGGUCUCAAAGAUUGAGUCUCUUCUAUCAAAAAAUUUAUCAACUUCGAGAUUGUAUUGUUGAUGUGGCAAAUUUUCUUUCGAAUUAAUUGAAUUUUAGACCAAAUUAGCAGAACUGGGAUAAAAAUUGGUAACUUAUGGUGAAAUGAAUAAUCGAUGAACCUGGGCGCGCAGAUACUACUGUGCAUGUGGAUGUAUUUAUUUGUUCAACCUUAAUAAAGAAGAAUAAUCGGCACUGUUUUUUUA